UGGUCCAAGGAGAGUCCAUCCUGACCGACUCUCACCAGCAGCAGCAGCCAUAUACGAUAAGGAGAGAGAAACACACACCAAAAUUAUUCUCUCUCUUUCUCUCUCUCUCAUCAGCUGAGCUGAGCUAGCUAGGUUUUCAUGGCAAAUUCUCUUUCUCCAUCUUUUCCUGUCUUAUUUUGAGUUCAAAACUAUGCAAGAAAAAGUAAAAACGUAUGCCUCAAUCUCCUCCACUUUGUCUUGAGCCAAAACUACUCCACCCAAAAAUUUUCUUGCUUCCUCACACACACAAACAAAAACUCCAAAAUUAAACCACCCUUUUUAUUCAUAUUCAUAAUCUGAGCUCACAAAUUGCAAAAAGAAGCAAAAAAAAAAUGAUGUCAAUCAACGAUGAACUCUCUUCAGUGAAUCCCCCUCCAUUGAGAGGCCUCAUUCAAGAUCCAUUCUCCAACCCUAGCCUUCCAAACCCUAAUCAUCCAAAUCCGUCAAAACGCAAGCGAAACCUCCCCGGAACACCAGAUCCGGAUGCAGAAGUGAUAGCGAUGUCGCCGGGGUCUUUGAUGGCGACAAACAGAUUCGUGUGCGAGAUCUGCAGCAAGGGUUUCCAGCGGGAUCAGAAUCUGCAGCUGCACCGCCGCGGCCACAACCUGCCGUGGAAGCUGAAGCAGCGGAACAAGGAGGAGGUGGUGCGGAAGAAGGUGUACAUCUGCCCGGAGAAGACGUGCGCCCACCACCACCCGUCGAGGGCCCUCGGCGACCUCACCGGCAUCAAGAAGCACUACUCCCGCAAGCACGGCGAGAAGAAGUGGAAGUGCGACAAGUGCUCCAAGAAAUACGCCGUCAUGUCCGACUGGAAAGCCCACAACAAGAUUUGCGGCACCCGCGAAUACAAGUGCGACUGCGGAACCCUCUUCUCCCGAAAGGACAGCUUCAUCACGCACAGGGCCUUCUGCGACGCCCUGGUCGAGGAGACCGCCCGCUUCGGCAAUAGUAUUAGCAGUAAUGUGGGGUUGGAUGCUUUCCAGAAUCAUAAUAGUAAUAGUAAUAGUAAUAAUAAUAAUAAUAAUGCAGAUUUUUCUGGGGUUUUUGAAUCGGGGAACCUCCCGGUUCCCCGAUUCCCGUUGUGGAUAAACGAAGAAAUGAUGGAUUCGCAGAGCCAGUGGCUGGGCGGAGUGAUGAAGGAGGAAGACGAAGAAGAGAAGAACAAGGCGGGUUUGUCGGAAAGGGUUAUUGCUUCUACUACAUCGUCGCUGUAUAAUUACAGCCACCACCAAACAGUAGCUCCCAUGUCUGCAACUGCAUUGCUGCACAAGGCAGCUCAGAUGGGGUCGACGAGGAGCGGGGCCGGGUUCGGGCUCAUGAGCCCCUCCUCCUUCUCGACCCCGGGCCGGGCCAGGGACGACAUUGUUGAAGGUGAGAGCAGCCUCACUAGGGAUUUUCUUGGAGUGGGAGGGAAGGAAUUGAAAUCCAAUUUCUUUGCAUCAAUCAGCUCUGCAAUGGAGAUGGGCCAUUAUAACAGAAAUCACUGAGGUGAAAAAAAAAAUUGAUUUUUUUUUUUUUUUUUUUUGAGGUGAAAAGUUGGUAGACAAAAAGCUUCCAAACAAGACAUGAAAAACAGAAGAGAUCGAUCUUGUGAACUGUCAGAAGAGGGAGGGUCCUCUUCCUUAUUUCAAAUUUGUGUUGCAUUUGUAGAAAGUUUGCUGCUGCAUAUUUAUUUUAUUUUGUUUUGUUUAA